ACCAUUUCAUUCCUAUAGUUUUUUUCGAGACACGAUUAACUUUAUUUCCACGUUAACAAGAUUGUAAGUAAUCUUCCUACUUUUGAGUACUCAAUAAUGUUGCUUUUCUACCUACUACAGUUUUGUGGGCUUAUGAACGGCUGAAAUUGAAAUUGAAAGUUGUUCCACACAGUGUAUAAGCCUGCGUAAUAACAAAACUACAGAUUAGAUUAUGGCUAAACCAAGUGGAUCUAUCAAGACGUUAUUAGAGAACGAAAACAUCAGAAAAAAAGUGUCGUGUUUCAUUCAAGAAGAAGUUGUCCUCCCUCAAUGGUCUAAUGAUCAGAACAAGCAUAUUUAUGAAAAAUUGUUCCUAGAAAAGCAAACAUUUAGCCUAAAUAAAGUAUCAAAGCCUUUGGAUGAUGAACAGCAAAACAAUCAAAAUGACCCUAAAAAUUCAUAUUCAAAUGUAUGUGGAUUCAAUGUCAAUAUAAAGACACUACUGCAAAAUGAAAAUAUUAGAAAGCAAGUGGCACCUUUCAUUGAAAAACAAAUUAUUAUACCAGUAUGGUCUGAUGGAUCAGAUAUUGAAGACUCAGAAAUAAACGAUAUUACCAUACUGCCUAGAAAUGCUAAACAAUUAGAAAAUCAACAACCAACUCAGAUUAAGGAAGAAAUCAACGUUGAAGACUCAACCGUUAUCAGUCAAGGUGAUGUUGAAAAAAACCAAGCAACCGAUGUUAUGAGUUUUGAAACCAAUGAUGGUAAAUCGCUAUGCACUAAUACGGAUGAAAAACCAAACCAGGAAGUUAAUAUUUUACCGAUAAAAAUGGAACCGCAAACGUCAAAUGUUGAAAAUCAACAUCCAACAAUUGAACAAGAUUUGGAAUACAGCAAUUUUGCAUCUGCUUUAAAGAGAAUAAAAUUAAUUAAAAAAAGGAAAAAAAGGUUUAAUGCUCUAAAAAAUAAUCCAAGAAAAAUUGGCAAAUUAAAAAUUAAAAGGAAAAAAAAAAGAAGCAUCGACAACGUUAGGAAUCAUGUGUGUACCAGUUCUUAUCCACCAAACGAGAUGAAAGAAAUAAUAGAAGUAACUCCUAUGAUUAAUUUGGAUGAUGAGUCCAGUUCUACAAAAAAUGCCAAUGUUGAUGAAAAUAUUCAAGUGACUGUCAUAAAAGAAGAAAAUACUCGACCUAAUAGCUCAAACAACGCACCACCCUCGGCUCUAGCGGCGGCCGUGCUCCUGCCUUGGGAGAACUCCGCGGCCGACGGUGGUCUCUCCAUUAUGUGGGCCCAUCUGGAGGGCUCGCGCAAAAUGACCGAGAGCCUGGCAUUGUUUCGGCGUAAUGCCGAGAUCGCCCUCGAGGAUAUGCGAAAAGACGAGCUACUUCACGACGCCUUGCGAACCGAGUUUCACAUGAGGUUCCUCUGGGGCAGCCGGGCCACUCUCGUCAAUGCAGCCGAGAGACACGCCAAAUUCGUCCAGGUUCUUGACGCCAUGUACGAGAGGUGCGCGGCCACGGAGCAAAUAUAAAGCAAACUAG